AUGGGUUCUAUUUGGAUCGCAGACAUACCUCACCCGGAGUUGACAGAUGUGAAGAUAGCAUCCAUCACGAAUGUAGAGCAUUUGUCUUCUUAUAAUUGGAUGGAAUCUUCCAAUCCCAUUAUUGCUGUUCCCGGCUGCCCGCCUCCUUGGUCUCCACCCCAAACCCCCAGAAAAGUGGCCAAAGACUCUGGACUCAUUUACAUUGCUCAAAACGCGUUUCGUCAUUCUAAAAGUCCUCUCGAAUCACUUUUUCGCUCGCUGUACACUGAAAACCCUUCAUACAACAUACACCAAGUUGACUUGAUAACUGAUCGAAACAACAUCCGCAAACUUCUGUCAGGCUACGGUCACGAGUUUGAGAAAGCUUUCACAACAACCCAAGUAUCCGGCAGCACUGGACAUCAUCGGAUCAUCUCCUAUAACUUGGGCGAUUCGAAAUUCAUAGUACGCUACGAGACUGACGCUUACAUUGAAGAAGCUUCAAAACUUCAACCUCAAAGUGUGGGUUCGGAAAAUGAGGAUUUUCUGAACAUGAUGGAAAAUCUGUCUCUUUCGCGACCCAAACUUACUCUCGUCUUGCCACCGAUGAUUCAGAAAAAAGGAAAACAGGUCCCAAUUAAUUCAACUCUUGAGAUCAAAACACGCGUGCCCCACAAGCCUUUCAACAUCCAAGACGUUCUUCCACAGCUAUGGGUAUCACAAACACCCAAUCUUGUCCGUGCCUACCACAGUGGUGGCACAUUUGGACUGCCGGAAGUCAAAGACGUCACUCGUGAGAUUGCUGAAUGGGAACGAAAUCAUGGUAAUGACCUUUGGAGAUUGGUUGUAUUGAUUAAGGGAAUCAUGAGAGUGGUGGGAGAGAAUGGUGGGAAUGCUGUCGUAAAAUAUGACGGGCGAAGUGACAGCCUUGCGGUUUUAAAGAGAGAAGGGAGCAGGAUGUUACCCGAUGAUCUUUAUUUGAAACUCGGCGACGAAACGGGAUCGACUGAAGCG